CUGAGGCAGUGCAGGACUGCUAUAAAAGGCAGCCCAAGUCUCUGCUCUCGCAUCCACUUCUCUCACCUCCUCCUCCUCCUCAGGAAUCAGGUGCACCUGUGACCCCGAGCCAUGUCCUGCAACCCUUGCUGCCAGCCCUGCGGCCCCUGCCCGCUGGCCAACAGCUGCAAUGAGUGCUGUGUCAGGCAGUGCCAGAGCUCCACCGUGGCCAUCCAGCCCUCCCCAGUGGUGGUGACCCUGCCCGGGCCCAUCCUCAGCUCCUUCCCACAGAACACCGUGGUGGGAUCCUCCACCUCCGCUGCUGUUGGCAGCAUCCUCAGCUCUGGUGGAGUGCCCAUCAGCUCUGGCGGCUUUGACAUCUCCUGCAUCACCAACUGCUAUGGUGGCAGCAGAUGUCGUCCCUGCUAAAUCUGCUGGCAACCUCCUUGGGCAAGAACCUCCAAGAUAUCAGAACCUGGUUGUGGCCAGGAGAUAGAGCUUCGGGACAUUGUAAUUAGAGUUUCAAGCCAUUGUCCCCUUCUUCUGUCUCCUCUUUAUCUCUUUCUUUUGCUGUCUGUGUCUCCCCACACCAACCCGGAAGCACCUGUUGCCCUUCCUCCCUCUUUAGGGUGGGCAGAUGGACACCUUGCAGGAGCUCCACUGCAUCUUAGUGCCUCUUCCAGGUGCUCUCUGUGAGCCACCUCCUUUUCUUCUUUAGACUCAAUAAAGGUGUUUUGCAACCAA